CGAAGCCGAAGCCGAAGCCGAAGCGAUCCGACCCCUUCUGCUCCUCCAAUAAGAGGUGGGAGACGCGCACACGGCCAUGGCUGCGCGCGGCGCCGGACACCGGAGGAGCGCGGCGACACCGAGAGCCGCCGAACGGGCUCACAUUAUUAUUAUUAUAUAAAAGCUCGCGUUACCGACAGGACGUGGAGGCGCACCUUUCGGCCACCUGGACCUGGAGGAGCAGAGAGCGCGUCGCGCGAGCGGCAUGACGGAGCCGAGCCCGAGGGUGUCGCGCGCAUCGGGGAGGGCGCACCUCCUGUGAAGAGUGUCGAAGUGCGCAGGGUUCACGCGCAUUUCCUUCGCAAUCCCGCAGUAUCGCGGCGGCGGCGGCGCGCGGGACAUGUAAGCACUCGCCGCUCUCCCUCUCGCGGGGUUUGUCCGCCAUGGAGCGCGCGGAGCCGCAGCCCGAGCCGGAACCGGAGCCCCCCAGCCACGGGCUGCACGGACCGAACCGCCUGCGGCCCUCGUCGUACCGCGCGCUGCGCAGCGCCGUGUCCAGCCUGGCGCGCAUCGAUGACUUCUUCUGCGAGAAGAUCGGAUCGGGCUUCUUCUCCGAGGUCUUCAAGGUGCAGCACAGGAUCACCGGGCAGGUGAUGGCGCUGAAGAUGAACACUCUGCCCAGCAACAGGGCCAACAUGCUACGGGAGGUGCAGCUGAUGAACCGACUCUGCCACCCCAACAUCCUCAGGUUUGUGGGGGUGUGUGUUCACGAGGGACAGCUGCACGCGCUGACGGAGUACAUCAAUGGUGGGAACCUGGAGCAGCUGCUGGACAGCGACGAGUUCCUGUCCUGGGCUGUACGCGUGGACCUGUCGCUGGACAUCGGCCGGGGGCUGCAGUACCUGCACAGCAAGGGCAUCUUCCACAGGGACCUCACAUCCAAGAACUGCCUGGUGCGGCGGGAGAACGGCCUGUUGAGCGCCGUCGUGGGCGACUUUGGCCUGGCGGAGAAAAUCCCUGAUUACAGCGACGGUGUGGAGAAGCAGCCCCUGGCGGUCGUGGGUUCCCCCUACUGGAUGGCGCCGGAAGUGCUCAGGGGGGAGCUGUACGAUGAGAAGGUGGAUGUCUUUGCGUACGGGAUCAUCCUGUGUGAGGUCAUCGCGCGGAUACAGGCGGACCCCGACUAUCUGCCACGCACUGAGGACUUCGGCUUGGACGUGCAGGCCUUCCGGAACAUGGUUGGGGACUGCCCCCCCUGCUUCCUGGACAUGGCUGUUCGCUGCUGCAACAUGUGUGCAGUCCAGAGGCCCUCAUUCACACAGCUGGUGGUAGAACUGGAACAUGAGCGAGAGGAGAAGGAGGAGGAGGAAGAGCAGCAGCAGCCUGUUGUUCAAGAACCCACAACCCUGGUCAACAGCCCUCAUCGGAGACGGUCCUUCUGCACACUUGAAGAUCAGAACUUGUCCCGGAGCAAGUCGGACACAUUGCCUCCCACAACGCCCCCCGCUCUUAGUACGCCUGCCCGCAUCAACCCUUUUUCUCUACGGCAAGACCUGAAUGGUGGCAAAAUCAAGCUCUUUGAUACACCCAGCAAGUCAGUCAUCUCCCUGACCUUUACUCUGCCCCCGCCACAUGACCCCUGUGUGUCCCCCUCUGAGAACGAGCCCCUGCGGGGGGUGCACCGCCGCUGCCAGUCCCUGCCCUGCACCCCUGAGCUAAGGGGCCUCUCUCUUCUGGCUGGCUCUGUGGGCCGAGAAGACGGCCUGGAGGGCUUGAGUAUACUGCAGGACAGUCAGGAGGAGGAGGAGGAGGAGGAGGAGGAGGAAGUAGAGAGGAAGUGCUUGGAGCACAUGGCAGAUGACUCGGGUCUCCCCUUGGACCUGGAGAUGGUGUCGCUAGACCGCCUGGAAGAAGAUGGAGAGCUAGACAGCUUGUGUCCUGCUGAGCCAAUGGACUGCACCAGCUCCCCCGAUGCAGUAGAUAGCGCUGUUCCUGGCAUUAAGCCUUUGAUACCCCCUGCAUCUGGACUUAACGGUUGGGGCUCUGUGAUAUCCAACGGUCCCCCAUCGCUGUCUCCGCUGCCGCACCUGGAGAACAACAAUAGCACUGUGGUGAUGAGCGGGCCUCUUAGCUGGGGGAGCGGUGGGUACCACGGCCCCAGUGGGGGUGCUGCUCCCUUCCUGCUGCCAGGCUCCAGUAACGGCACAGUGGAGCAGGAAGAGGUAAUUUCCUGUCCUGGUUGCUGCAUCGCAGGGCUCAGCUUCCCCUCGGUGUGUCUGCGCGCAUCCCCCCGUGGCCACAGUGCCCACCACCCCUACAAGAACUUGAACGGGGACGCAACGCGGCGGCUACUCGCUCACGGCACCAAGAGCCUGGCCCCAUCGACAGGGCCCGGCGAGCCUGGCCUGGCGCUCCCGGAGGCUCAGACAUAGAGUGGCGCCGCGUGCCGGACAGAGCCGGGAAGUGCUCCGCUUUCAGGUUGACUGUAAAAGUGCGUUUGUGGUGGUGACUGUUUUUGGUGAUUCUGUCAUCGCUCAUAUCAUUGGUAGUAUAACUGUUUUUAGGGUCGGCUCAGCUCUUUGCCCGUAUUUUGUAAGGCAGAACCUCGUGCUCCGUAGGCUGUUUGCUGGACUGUGUGUGUGUGUGUGUGUGGGGGGGGGGGGGGGUUAUUUUGCCCCAGAUUGCACAGAACACCAUGAUAGCUGGAGGGUAUGAGGACAUGAGUGGCUGGGGUGCUGUUUGGGUCUCGGGGAAACAGGAUAAACAGCGGAUUGUUUCCCAGCAUCACGCAGCUCAUCUCCACUGGUGCAACAUCUGCCUCUUCAAGGACAAACAACUGACUUGCCCUUCUGUGUCACACCGCUGGAGUAGCACACACACACUAUACCGUCACCUGUGUUCGACUGACAUGUUAGACCUUAUUUUUAGUUUAAUCAAAGUAACAAAUGCUUGCUUAGCGCUCACGUGUGUGUGUGUGUG